AUGGAUUUGCGAUCAGCAAGUGCCAGAGAGGCGGGUAAAACAAUCUAGAUAAUGGCACAAGUCUUAUAAGAUGAUUUUGAAGGAAUCGCAAAUAAAUUAAUCACGAAGGAUUCCUUGAUAAAACUGGUCCAUUGUGGAACUAAAGUACUUGCAGAGAUUGGUAAUUAGACAAUUAUCAGUAUUUUGAAUUACGUCUGCGUCCCUAAAGUCAUUUAGAAGUUUUAAGAAGAAAUGAAAACUAGCAAGAAUACCUGGGCACAUGCUAAGAUAUCUGGCUAUUUAUUUCAGAUAAUGUAAAACUACCCUUUUGAGCAGGUUAUAUUAAAGCAGCUUCAUAUUAUUGAACCUUGGAUGUAAUAGGCUCUUUCUGAUGCUAAUCCUGAAGCUAGACAAGCUGGUAGAAAAGCAUUUCUUCUCUAUGAAUAAUAUGCACCAUAUGAAGCUGAUUAGCUUUAUAAAAUGUUAGAUUAUUAGGUUUAAAGAGCUAUUUAUGAUGAUAGAACAGUAUUUGAGAAUAAGAGUGAUACCCAAAAUAAAAUUUAAUUAUCAAAAUCUUAUGGAAACUCAAAUAAUUUAAUUCAGAGUAAUGUCCUAGGAUAGACUUAAGUCAAUAAUUUCGUCCUCGAAGCAGAGAAGACUCAAAAGUAUGAGAGGGAGAGAUCAUAGAAAAGACCAUCUACAGCAAAAUAACUAGUAAAUUCAGAUAAGAAAAUGAAGACUCCGAUGAAGUCUUCAGGAUCUAGAAGGAGUAAUCAGUCGCCAACAUCUUCAAAAAGUGCUAGUAAAAUAAAACUUGUUAGCCUUAAUUACCCUCAAGCAGGAAAUACUUAAACAAUUAAAAGUAGUGGAGGCUAUACCAAUCCAUUCAAUGCUAAUGUAGAGAACUUUGCAAUGACUAACCAAGCAAUGACAGACCAUUCAAACUCAUAGUAGGUGAGCAUGGACAAAUUGUUUAUUAAGAUGAAAAAUAAUUCUUGGCAACUCAGAGUUGAAGCUUUUCAAGAACUUAUGACAUAUCUUGUAGACUUGGAUCAUGAAUAAUUAAGCAAGAUAUUAAAGAAAGAAAAAACCUUUCCAUUGAUUGUAAACAUAUCCUUACAGUAUCUUAUGAAUGAACAAACUACUAAAGUAGUGGAGGUUUCGAUGGAUUUAGUUGAAUUUUUGCUAACACAAAUGCCAGAAAUGCUAUUCAAUCAUAUAGAAAAUAUAGUAAGAGCACUUCUAAGAUUAAUUUCGACUAAAAAAGAUAAUAUGAAUUUAAAAGGUCAAGAGCUGCUUCAACUUGUGAUGGAAGUUUUGACACCAAAUGUUAUUCUUCCUAAUUUAGUCGGGAUUCUUGAAGAGAUUAGUGAUGAUAACACCUAGAUUCCCAUCAAAUUAAGUGGUCUAGACACUCUAUGCAUUCUAUUGAAGGAAGCAAAGCUUUCAGAGUAAAUUUAAUUUGAAUCAACUGUUCAAAUCAUAUCCUAAAUCUUACAAAAUCAUUCUUCAUAGAAGCAGGUCCAAAUCUCAAGUUUAAAAGCAAUUUAAAUUUUGAGAGAUAAGAAUGUCAAGUUUACCUUAGAAAGUAUAAAUCUACUAAGCAAUCUAUAGUAAAAUAUAUUGAAGUAAGUCGCUAAUGUCUUUGAUCGAAAUCUUGCGAAGUAAAUAAUCAAUUACUAAGAAGAUCAAAGCAACUAUGUGAGUGAACAAUAUGCAAAUCAAUAUCAAAAUCAAAACUUAAACCAUUAAAGCAAAUAAAAGAAUUGCUCUGUCGUUGAAACAACAGCAGUAAGAACUUAAGAAGCAAGCAAUAAGUCUUUAACUUAGAACAAUAAUUAAUCAACACCAGUACUUCAAAAUUUUACUAAUAAAACUCAAAGGUCACCAAUCAAAGAUUAAAAAUCAAAACUGGAUGAGAGAGGAGCAAACAAUAAGGAGAAUUCUGCUUAAAUGAAACAGAAAUAACCAUUAAUAACAACAUUGAAUCAAUUUUCAAACUAAACUCAAAUUUCUUCUAACUAAACAAUGACAGACGAGAGUGUAAACAUAGAUUUUUCUAAUUUCUCUAUGAGUACAACUAUUCCUACCUAGAAUUCAAUCUAGAGUAAUCUAAUAUCUCAAGUAAUAUCAAUUUACUCUAUUUUCAUGGACAACAACUAGUCUUAAACAAACAAAAUAUAAAGCUUCAAAAGUUUGAGCAAGAUAAUGAAGUCUAAUUGUCCAAGCAUCUUGCAGGAUGUUUGGCAGCCAACAUUUGAAAGUCUUAUUGAUUCCCUUUUCUCAAUUAUGUGCAACAAAUAAGAUUCUCCAGCUAUUAAAGAUUUGUGUAUAAGAACCAUUUCAGAUUUAAUAGCAGUGUAAACUAGAGAAAGAUUGAAUUAACUAUCAAUGAAAGUUAUGAACUUAAAACUAAGAGAUAAACUGCUGCAUUAGACGCUCUAAAUUUAUACAUCUUCCUUGGAAUUUUCUGGCUAAGUUGUUACACAUAAUUCAGCAAAUGAUCCUGCUGAUUAAAUAUUAGACUCUCUUGCAAAGAAGUGUGAAUCAUAAUUCCUAGUCUAAAGCAUUUGCCCACUAUUUGCAUAAAUUGAGCCACCAAAACUCUAAGCAAUCAUUAGGAUGGUAAUGAACAGAGUUAGGAUAAUCAAUACUGGGGAAAUUGAGGGUGAGUUCAAAAUUGAAUCUUAUCAGCACAUUGCUCAAAACUUAGUCUAAAUGGCGGAUUAUUUCUAUGAAAUAAUAAAUAACUAAAAUGCAGAUGUCAGGAAAUGCACAGUUUUUUGUUUAGUUGAGAUUUAGGCUAUAAUUGGAGAUGACUACUUCUAAGCAUUUACAGGGAAAUUAAAUCCUAGCCAACAAAAGUUAGUCGAUAUUUAUAUUAAAAAAAGACUUGACAGCAUUCAGCAAGAAUAAAUGAGGAUGAUUGUACAAUGA